GUCAAUGCUGGGCCCCAUCAACAGCCUCUCUCUUGAAGUUCUUGAUUCAUCCGAACCCCAGUUUCAGGUUCGGUGUUCGAGACAAACCUGCGGUUUCCCGCUCACACGGAGACUUUGACACUCCACUCAAGUUACUUAACCCAGUGGAGAAAGGAGCUUCUAUAUAAUCCACCUUCCUCUUCGUUUUUUUCUCUGGAUUUUUGCGUGUCUUUCUUCAAAGACAUGGCACGGACUUGGCUUAUUGAUGACAGAACAAUUGCAAAGAAAGUUAAAAAUACUGCUCCGCUCUCAGCUCAUGAAAUCCAUGCCUGUGGAGCAACUCGUGAAUGUCCAAAUUGCCAUUAUCGUAUAGAUAACAGUGAUGUUUCUUACGAAUGGCCAGGACUGCCUGCUGGUGUAAAGUUUAAUCCUUCUGAUAUGGAGCUCUUGGAACAUUUAGCAGCAAAAUGUGGCGUGGGAAACACAAAACCACACAAGCUUAUUGAUGAGUUUAUCCCGACACUUGAGGGGGAUGAAGGAAUUUGUUACACUCAUCCAAAAAAACUUCCCGGUGCAAAGAAAGAUGGAAGCAGUGUUUAUUUCUUUCACAGAACAUUUAAUGCUUAUGCUACUGGUCAACGGAAGCGCCGUAGAGUCCAUAUUGAAUGUAAUUCGAACAAAGGGCAUGUUCGAUGGCACAAGACUGGAAAAACCAAGCCAGUCAUGGAAAAUGGAAUCCUAAAUGGCUGGAAAAAGAUCAUGGUUCUCUAUAAAGGUGCAAAGAUGUCCAAGCCAGAUAAGUCCAACUGGGUGGUCCAUCAGUACCAUUUGGGUCCUGAAGAAGAUGAAAGAGGCGGUGAAUAUGUGGUUUCUAAAAUCUUCCAUCAACAACCAAAGCAAAGUGACAAGAACGAUGGCGGCCCAGUUAUUGAAGUUCAUGAUAGUUUGGCACUUCAAACAAGUCCAAGGACUCCCAACCCAAAUCCUCCCAAUCCACCACGACCUGGGAUUCAUGAUAAUGUCAAUGAUGAUAACACACCCCUAUGCGCAGUCCAGGAAGGAGAUUCUACGAUAGGAGCAUCUCAUGUCCCUCCACCUUCAGUUGGGCUUGAGGAUGACAUCGGGUACCCAACAUGCUUGGCAGGCGAAUCUCAGGCUGUAGAAACUGAUGAUUUGAAUUACAUAGACAAUUCUUGGCGAUGCAAGGAAAUUUUAUACUCUACUUCUCAUUUAAAUAAUCUAGGGCUGAAUCAUGCCUCACACUCAGGCUUCAGUCGUAAUACUAAUGUGGAGACAGGAAAUAACAAUACAUCAGCUGGAUUUUUUGAUCUUGAGAAUCUUGAGCUAGAUACUCCACCAGAUUUCCAGCUUGAUGACCUGAAUUUUGAUUCCCAGGACAGUGCUUUUGGUUGGCUCGACCGUUUAUAAGGAGAUAUGAGAUGAAGCAAAAGCUGCUUCCGAAGGAUGAAAAUAAAACCUCCCUGUUUUGUGCAGUCUAACUCCUAGCAGAAGCUGCCACAUUUUCCGUUAUUUCUCCUCGUCGGUGAAAUUCAGCUGGUUGCUCCUAGGAUCGACGGGAGUCUUUUGUCUUUUUGAAGACUGCAUACUGUGUUUGAAGGCUUAUGGGACCUAUUGGGUUUGUUACACACUACCAGCCAAUUAUGCAAAAGUAGCACCAGAUUGUGUGAUGAGGGAGAAUUGUCAGAUGGUUUUUAUGGUCCAAGCUACAUAUUAAUCUUUGCAAUGCACCAUAUAGGUGUCCAAAUUGGUGAUUGAUGUAGGGUGUGAUGCUGCUGGUUGCACUUAUGUGACUUUAAUCCACAGUUGUCUUUGUUGGUUCCACGAUUGGUUCAAGCCUCUCAUUUUGACAUAACUACUUUCUGGAAUCAGUAAAUAAAUCUGUGGCAAUAUAUGUAUUGUGUAUGUGAUUCUGAACGUUGUUGCUUGUAUUAAUAAGCAAGUGUAUGAAACUACAUGAUAGCUAGUUUUCUCUCUUUCUGUUGA